AAAUCUGUAAAUUCAGUGUAUAUAUAUAUAUAAAAAAAUUUCCGUCCAAGUGACGUGAAACACUCAUAUAAAGAGCCACUUGUGUGUACGUGUCUUUUUUAAAGAUGUUGUAUCGUAAGUGUUCCUGUGAGAACCCCAUCAGACCAACAUGAGAGCUGCAUUCCCUGCCUGGGCCGCACCCCUGCCGAAGCAGCUCUCAUGGGGACAGACUGCCCUCACUGUGAAGACAUGAGUCUCAAGAUGCUCCGUUCUAGGGUCACCCUCGUUCUGAGGGACGAUUCCGCCUCCCGCGCCCUCCCAACCGCUUCCUCUGUGUUAAGUCUCAAGGAAUCACAUGAGGAAGCACGGCAGGGCCGCGAGGUUGUGAUGGAAGUACCUGAGGAGGAUCUUGCGCCAGCGCCAGCACAAGCCCCAUGAGCCCCUUGAUCUUCCCACGCAGCGUCCUCGCCAGUGCAGUACACACGUGACGACUUCCGGCCCUCUAUGGAUGAACACGGUGUUGUCAUAUUCGGCGGGUCUGAUGGUGAUAAUGAUGCCGUGUCCCUUGCAGCUUCGGACAUGGGACAAUGGUCCAUGGAGAAUGUUGCAGCCCCAGUGCGGGUGAAAAGCAUGCGCAUGCCACUGAUAAAAGCUGAUUCACGUCCCCUUGCGGGUGGGAGCUCCAUUUAAAGUGGUCCCGUCCAGUUGAGCCGGAAAUAUCCUGCAGUCUGGCCACCGUCAAAAGACUGCAUCUCAAAGGGCAGCACCAUUCUUCCCAGAGAUCCGGCUUGCAUGUUAACACGCCUCAUUAAUUGUUGGCCUGAGAGCCAGAGAUUCGCGGUUCAAAACCAGCCGUCAACUCAAGCUGAUACGUUCCAUGAAUCAUGGAUGUGACACAAAAUUUAGUGGUUGCCUCAAGAUGGUGCUGCGGGUCACAAAAAGUAACUGGUGAUUCAGUAUGAUGACUCCCCACUCUAUUUCAGAUCAGUGCCCAGCAGAGAACCCCGCCCCCGCUGCUCCGGCUCCGCCAAAGACAGCCGAGCCAUAAAAUAGUUUCUGUGAUGUGUUCAAAUAGAGAAUGUUCUCACAAGAAAUGAAAUGUGCUCACUUCCAGACCCCACAUUCAUACGCUGCUCAUCCUCGCCGGGUAUGCGGUUAUGAUAGACAAAUUUGUGUGGUGUGUUUUGUUUUCACAAAAAAAAUUUGAAAUGCACUCGCUGUCGAGACGCACACAUUCACACGUUACUCAUCCCCACCGGGUAAGCCGGGAUGGUAGUUAAGUGUGUUCCUUUGUGUUGUGUUCACAUAAACAAUGUAUCACACAAUAGAGAAAGUGCUGUUUGUGUCUGCGCACACUGCACGUGCUCGACACGCACGCACGUUUACACGCUGUUCACUUCCCCUUCUCGCCGGAGUUCACUGGGAGAUUGCAUGUGCAUUGCAUUUUAGAUCCGAGACGCUUGAAUCUCACGCUCAAAAAGCACCCAUUCAAAACGGUAUCUCAGAAACAGAUCUUCCCGUGCAUCCGCCUUCGGGCUGAUUUGCAUCAAUAGAUCUAAAGGACGAACGCAUACUUCAUGGAUGAGUUGCACCUGUUUUUGAGAAUCACAUUCGAGGGAACAGCUUAUUAAUUCAGAGUCCUUUCUUCUCCACAUUCUCGAAGUAUAUUGAUGCAGCGCUCGCUCCGUUGAAGCUGAGCAGCGUGCGCAUUUUUAAUUAUUUCUAUCAUGGGCUAUUAUUAGCCCGAUCAGAGGCUCUGUUGUACGAGCAUGGGAAUUUACUACUCUGAGGCCCAGGCUGUACAAAUGGCAAUGUCAAACUGGGCAAAAAGCAUCCGCCAUUGCACUGUUAGGUCUUUUACAUGAGACCUCUCCAACGCUGGCUGCACGCUUGGCGCCAGGGGCGCAUGCGCAUUGACAUAACUCUCCACUGUCUGGCUGCUGUAGUACCUUGGACAGCUCCAACCUUUUAACAGCAUCAUGCUGGGUCAGGUCUUCUGGCAAAAGGUGGUAAUCACGGAUGUGUUCAGCACAGGCUGAGGCGCACUGUGCGGCAGGCGACCAGCCUUCGGCAACUAGCACUUCAGUCAUCUGGAAAUACUAGCUGUCUCUUAGCCUUGAAGGCUUUGCAUUCCGAGGUAGCAAAUCAUUACGUUCUGAUUCAAUAGGACAACAUGCCAGUGGUAGCUAACAUAAGUGAUGUGCCCCACUGUGGUAAAUGCCAUUCUGCAAGCUACAGCACUGUCCGAGAGAUGCCUCUAUGCGCCAAGUGGCGUGUGUUUACAAAUUGGUGCUCUUCAUGUGGUGAAAACUCAGUGAACUGCUCAAAAGCUGAGAUCCUCGCAUUCCUCUAAGAGCGCCUGGACACAGAUCUCACUACAUCGACGUUUAGGUAGCAACUAUUACGGCAUACCACACCCCGGAGACAGUUUAGGCUGUCAGAUCAGCUCUUUGUUUGUUAUUUAGGAUGCACAAAAUGCAUGUCCAUCUCCAAGCAAAGGUUCUUUCACUGGAUCGUUGAUGUGAGUGCCCUCGCAUAUGAAUCACAGGGUGUGAGAUGCCCUAUUGGUGUGAAAGUGCAUUCAACUAGAGGCAUGGCCUCUUCAUGGGCAUGGACAAAUGGUGCGUCUUGCAGGACAUAUGGUUUGCAGCAGAUUUGUCAUCACAAACACAAUGUGACGUCCAUCUCUUCCGAAGUCAUCUCUGUCGAGAGCAUUUAUUGUUCCAACAAUCAGCAGGUGUGUUGGACGAUGAAGAUGUACGUUUGAUGUUGCAGGGCUCAAAGAUGGUGAAGGUCCGAUCUCAGCGUUGGAGGAAGGACAGGAGCCUGAAACUACUUGAAGAUUGCGUGACGGUGUGGUGUGAGUCCAGCAAGACUUCCCGCAAGGGCCAAAGACAGCAGACCUUCUCGGUGACAGAGGUGGAGUGUGUGCGUGAGGGAUGUCAGUCAGAGUGUCUACGACGAAUGGCAGGUUUGGUUCCAGAGUCACACUGCUUCACUGUCGUAUUCCGCGGGGCCAGGAAGAGCCUGGAUCUUUGCUGUCCCACACAGGAGGAAGCAGAGCGCUGGGUUAGAGGCAUCCGCACGCUCAAAGACCGCAUCUCCAACAUGAGCCAGAAAGAAAAACUCGACCAUUGGAUUCGAGGCUAUCUGAGAUGUGCAGAUCAAAACCAAGAUGGGAAGAUGAGCUAUGAUGAGGUGAAACACCUGCUACAGCUGAUCAACAUUGACCUGAAUGAACAGUAUGCACGUACCCUCUUUAAGAAGUGUGAUCGGUCAUGUGAUGGGCGACUGGAUCACGUGGAGAUUGAGGAGUUCUGUCGUGAGCUCAUGCGCAGGCCGGAGCUGGAUGCAGUGUUCAGGCAUUACUCCAGUAACGGCUGUGUGCUCACCACCAUUGAGCUGCGGGAUUUUCUUGGUGACCAGGGGGAGAAUGCAUCGCUGACUCAAGUGCAGAGUCUUAUCCACACCUAUGAGCUCAAUGACUGGGCCCAGAAGAAUUUAUUCAUGAGCCAGAAUGGUUUUACCAUGUACAUGCUUUCCAAAGAGAAUGACAUAUUCAACCCUGACCAUGCACACGUGUAUCAGGACAUGAGCAGACCAUUGGCUCAUUACUACAUCUCUUCCUCUCAUAAUACCUACCUCACUAAAGACCAGGUCACCAGUGCCAGCAGCACAGAGCCUUAUAUCAGAGCUCUGAAUCAGGGCUGUCGCUGUGUUGAGCUGGACUGCUGGGAUGGUGAUAAAGGAGAACCUAUCAUCUACCAUGGACACACGCUCACCUCUAAAGUGCUCUUUAAAGAAGUCAUUGAGACCAUUGCCCAGUACGCCUUCAAGGCAUCUCCAUGUCCUCUGAUCUUGUCUCUGGAGAAUCAUUGCUCAGUGGAGCAACAGGCCGUGAUGGCCCAGCACCUUCACUCUAUUCUGGGCAGAAAGCUCCUAACAAGGCCGCUCAAUGAUAUACCGCUCAAACAACUGCCCUCACCUGAGGAGUUGAUGGGGCGGAUCCUGCUGAAAGGGAAGAAGAUGAAUGGUCAGCUGGGGAAGACUGACAGCUGCACUAAUUUCACAUUAAGCUCAGAUUCAGAAGCAUCAGCUGCAGGGGGGGGUGGGAACAAGGGCUCGACCAAAAAGGAUCUUGGAAAGCCUGUGAGUUCUAAACUGAGUCCAGAGCUUUCAGAUCUGGUGGUGUACUGUGAGAGCGUGCCCUUUAGUAGUUUUGACACAGCAAAUCAGAGACCACCCAGUGCAAUGUCCUCUUUCUCUGAGAAUGAUGCACUCAAACUAAUCAAAGACUCAGGAAAGCUAUUUGUUCGACACAACAGUAGGCAGCUGAGCAGGAUUUAUCCAUCAGGCCAGAGGCUACAGUCCUCCAACUAUGACCCACAUGACAUGUGGAACGCCGGUUGCCAGAUGGUGGCUCUGAACUUCCAGACACCAGGAGAGCAGAUGGAUCUGAACCAGGGACGCUUUCUGACCAAUGGGCGCUGUGGAUAUGUGCUCAAACCUGAUUUCCUGUGUCAGCCUAAGUCCAACUUUGACCCUGAGAACACAGGUGGAGGGCCAGGACAUACACCUACACAACUUACCGUACGGGUGAUCUCAGCCCAGCAACUUCCUAAAAUAAACACUGACAAGCCCAACUCCAUUGUGGACCCGCAGGUCUGGGUGGAGAUCCAUGGAGUUUCCAUUGAUAAGGCUCGUGCCAAAACCCAGCGCAUUGACAACAAUGGUUUUAACCCACGCUGGGAUUGCACUCUGAGCUUUCAGUUACAGGUGCCUGAACUGGCCUUGGUGCGGUUUAUGGUGGAAGAUCACGAUCACACUAGCAAGAACGAUUUUAUAGGCCAGUUUACACUGCCCUUCACCAGCCUACGAACAGGUUAUCGUCAUGUUCACCUGCUUAAAGCAGAUGGCUCAAGUCUGUCUCCUGCGACUCUUUUCAUCCAUGUCAAGGUGAUACGGCGAGGAUUUCAUAUUAAAACAGUUUCUGAGCGUAUGGGCAAGGCCUGAUUCAACAUGAUUCUUGGGAAUGCUCAUUUCUAAAAGUACCCUCCCAAAGGAAAAACCCCUGAACUAGGCUCUUUAGGUGCUUGAAUUAAUUUACUCUUCAGAACGAGAUCACCUGAAAGAACAAGUCGUAUCGGACUUACCAGGACACACAUUGUCUCCAACAAUCUGAAGAAAGUCAGUGUUUGUAAAGCUGUGGUUAACAGUGCAUUUAGCUUUUUUAUUGUCAAUAUUUGGUCAUGUCUGCAGAGCAGAGCAUCUGAUCUUAUCCAUAGCAUUUAAGUGUUAUGGCAGAAGCUAAAGGUGUUAUGAAGUCAUUAUUGUUAGAAGCUACAAGUCAGUAUUGUUUUUAAUGUCUUUUUCCAUAGAGACACAGAUUUCAAUGUCUCUGUGAGCCUUAAAAUCAGAAAUUUUAACAUGUUUUAUGAUCAUUUAAUGUUUUAAUUAACUAAACUAAAACUUUAUUCUGGAGAUGCUGGACAAGAUUUCAAAUUUACAGUUUCCUUGUUAUAGAAAUUAACUGUCUAUGUCUAGAGUAUGUUUGUUUUAGAAUUUGAAUAUUGUAAUAUUGUAGGUGGAUUUGAUGCGAUCAACUGUGAUAACAGGGUAAAAAUGUGAUGUGGAGAAACAAUAUAUUGAAAGCAUGAUAAGUACUGUAUGUGGAAGGUAUCGCAAGGGUUAUGACUAAGUUUUUGUAUGCAAGGAUGUUUGUAAUUGAUGUAGACACCAUAGCAUUUCAGCAGAUUACUUAUACAGUAAAUAGAGAGAGUAAUAUAUCUCAAUAUUUUAUCUUUUUGUAAUUACCAUUAAUGAUGAAAUCAGUGUUUAACACAAUAUCUGAGACAGAGAUUUUAUCAUUAAAGCUAAAAACAUGCAUUACACAUGUGCAGUGUCCUAAGCUAUCCAAAUUUGGCAAAUUAUACAACUUUUACAUGACUUGUGCUGCUGUGUAGUCAACUAUAGCCCUUUUCCCCUAGAUGCACCUGUAACAUUAUAACAUGUAGACAAUCACCUUGAUUUCAGUUAAAGUGAAACUUGUAAAGGUUUUGUGUUUUCCCUGCCUGUUGUACUAGGCUUUGAAAAUUAAUAUGUAAAAUGUUAUCAACUGCUUUUUUGCAGAUUUUCUGUUCUCUUUGUAGAAAGAAGAAAGUUCUCUUACAUCUUA